UCAAGAUCAGUACCAUCUUCCAGCAAUUGCAAAUCACAACCAGCAGAUAAAUCCUACAUACCGCCGGAGAAUAUACACUCCCACCACAAUCACCAUGGCCCGCCGCUACUCCACCCUCAACAUGUUGAACCCAUCACACCAAGCCGACUUCUACCGACCGGGCUCCUCGGAAGGCUCCUACUCGCCCUCUGACGAAUCGCACUCCUACGAUCUCCUACCACUAUCAUCUGUGCCGACACCCGGGUUCUCACCGGAAGCACUGGGGGCCAAGAUUCUCGGCCCGGGUCACCUCUCCACGAUCCUGUCCAACCCGACUCUACUCUCGAACUUCGCCGAUUUCCUCACGCACAGCUCGCCCAGCGGGCUGAAUACGCUAGUGCAAUACCUCGAUUCGCAGAAGGCGCUAAAAGCGCUAGCGUACGCCAACGCGAUUGCCGGCGGCCUCGAGGGCGGCGCCGUCCCUGCCGAUGUCAGGAGCAAGGGGCUGGAGCGGUGCAGUGACGAGGCGUUCGAGGGACUCUUGGAGGAGUUGGCGGGUUAUGUCACAAAUACUGUCGUCGACGUCGUCUCGCAUAAUGUCACUAGAAGGAUCACGGGAGAACUUAGGAGCGAUCUGGCGGAUGCCGUGGAUGGUCUCGGCGAAUCGUUCUGCUUGACGGAUCCACGGAGAGACGGGAAUCCUAUCAUCUUUAUGAGUGAAGAAUUCAACAGGGUCACUCAGUACGGCGUGUCUUACGCCGUGGGACGGAAUUGCCGCUUCCUCCAGGGCCCGGCCACAGACCGAAAGACGGUCCGCAGACUCAAGAAUGCCAUCGACGCACAGAAGGAGACGAGCGAGCUGUUUCUGAACUACCGACGAGACGGAUCACCAUUCUUCAAUCUCCUCAUGGUGGCCCCGCUCUUCGACUCCCAAGGGCAGCUCCGAUACUACAUCGGAGCGCAAGUCGACGUCACGCAGCUCCUCAAAGACGGCAUCGGCCUCGACUCAGUCAAGGAGCUCGAGCGACAACUGGCCGGCGAGAAGGAAGACGAGGAAAAGGACGUAUUCCAGGAGCUCGCCGAGCUCUUCAACGACGUCGAAAUCGAGACCACGCGGCUUUUCGCCGGGCGCCUGCACAAAGGCCGGCGUCUCCGGCGCGAAGGCGCCUUCCGCCGGGAGCGGGCCCCAUCCGCCGCGCGCUCCCGGGUGAUGGUGCAGGAAGGGCCCCCAAGCUACGACCAACAACCGACGGUAUCCAUCCCACGUCUCCCGUCGCUCAAGGGCGUAUACCAGAACUACAUGCUGCUCCGCCCCUACCCCUCCCUACGGAUCCUCUUCACGUCCCCCUCACUACGCACGCCCGGAAUCCACCAGCUCCACUUCCUCAACAAGAUCGGCGGCUCGCCGCGGGUACGCGACGAGAUCCACGACGCACUGCGCACCGGCAACGGCGUCACCGCAAAAGUCACGUGGCUGACCAACCGCGAGUCCGCCGAGGGCCGCGAGCGCUUCGUUCACUGCACCCCCCUGCUGGACGGCGAAAGCAAGGUCGGCGUCUGGAUGGUUAUCGUUGCAGAUCCCGUACACCGCGGCCGCAGGGAAACGUCUGUAUACCACCGCGAACAGGUCCGCAUUCCCUCGCCCUCGCCCUCGCCCGAGCGCCGACCCGGCGCCGACCGCACGAGGCACGGCGACUGGGAGGACCGCCGACCCAGCCACAACAACACCACCACCACCACAGCGGCGAAACCGACCACGCUGCGGCCGCCGCAGCAGCACCUGCCGCCUACACCGACAAGCCCCUGCCCGUCCACGCCCACCAGCCCCGUGCCUCGCAUAGUUCGCCACGAUGUCGAGGUGCCCUGGGAGAAUGAGGAGGCGGCGACGACGAAUUUCCGGCUUAGCGAUCAUAUACCCGCCCGAGCGAGCAGUUGGGGGAAGGGGGGGAAGAGGGAAAAAUGUGAUGUAGAUGCGUUUGCGAAGAGCUUGGGGUUGUUGGCGUCGAAUUGAUGCGCGGGGGCGGGGGGAGGGUGUAAAUAUUGUAUGAGUACUUGUGCUGCUGGUCUUUCUUUUGG